AUGAAAACAAAAUUGGAUGACGACAAAACACACAUAAGCAGCAGUUGUAGUUCAUCUGAUAUAAGACAAUUUCAACGCUCCACACUAAAAGAAACGGGCAAAAAACAAAGAAAAUACCGUAAAAGCACCCUUAUCAAAGAUUCAUUGCUGAGUUUGAUCAAGUUUAAUAAACAUUCUACGGAUGAAGCUCCACGAAUAAUAUACGUGAACAAUGAAGAACUUAACGAUCAGCAACGUUUUCCGUCAAACUCUGUAUCCACAGCCAAAUACAAUUUUAUUACUUUCUUACCAAAGUUCUUAUAUGUCGAAUUCAGUAAAUCAGCAAAUAUUUUCUUCUUGUUCAUAUCUGGCAUUCAGCAAAUACCCAAUAUCUCACCAACGUCAAGAUAUACAACCAUUUUACCCCUUGUUAUAGUAUUACUUAUCACAGCGAUCAAAGAAAUUAUUGAGGAUUUCGGCGUGCAUAAAUCAGAUAGAGAAUUGAACAGGCGAAAAUGUAAGAUUCUUGAAGGUAAUAAAUUUGUUGACAAACGAUGGCACGAACUUAGAGUGGGCGACAUAUGUCGUAUAGACAAUACAGAGUUUUUCCCAGCCGAUUUGAUCCUGCUGAGCAGUUCUGAGCCAGAAGGAUUAUGCUAUAUUGAGACUAGUAAUUUGGAUGGCGAAGUGAAUUUGAAGAUAAAGCAAGCACUACCAGAAACUGCCGUCAACAUAUCACCGCAGCAAAUUGCUACAAUGUCUGGCAUAAUCAAGUCAGAGCAACCCAAUAACCGACUCUACAACUAUGAUGGAACGCUUACCACAACACAUUCUGACUCCGGAAAAUCAAAAGACUUACCAUUAGAUCCGAGCGUUUUAUUGCUCAGAGGAGCUCAACUCAGAAAUACAAGCUGGGUAUACGGUAUUGUUGUCUUUACAGGACAUGAAACAAAGCUGAUGUUAAACUCGAGUAAAAAACCUACAAAAGUAUCGAAUGUUACGCGUAUCACGAACAGAAAUAUUCUCUAUUUAUUCGCCAUGUUAGUUGCUAUGAGUGUAUUAUGUUCAGUUGGUAAUUUAGCAAUGUCUAUCAAAGAAGGAGAUAAAAGAGACUAUAUUAUGAUUCCAAUAGCUGAACGUGGCAAAGAAUUUGGAUUGAACAUUUUAACAUUUAUGAUUCUAUUCAACAGUUUUAUUCCAAUCAGUCUUAUGGUUACAAUGGAAAUUGUCAAAUAUGUUCAGGCUAUUAUGAUAGACAACGACCUGGACAUAUAUUAUGAAAAAACAGACACACCUGCCGUCGCUCGUAGCAGCAGCCUCAUCGAAGAGCUUGGUCAAGUGGAGUAUGUGUUUUCCGACAAAACAGGUACCUUAACCUGUAACGAAAUGGAAUUCCGCGAGUGCUCCAUCGCUGGCUUAUCCUACGCAACCUAUCCUGAUCCGGAUAAACGACCUAUAUCUGAUAACGAUACCCACGGACAAUAUUCGUUCGGGCAGUUACAAUUACACCUCGAGAAUACGUCUACCGAAAACCAAGACCGACAAUACAUACUUAAUGAAUUCCUCACCUCACUUAUGACAUGCCACACUGUUAUUCCCGAAGUUAAUGAAGAAAAUGGGAAAAUCAUAUACCAAGCCUCUUCACCUGAUGAAGGUGCACUUGUAAAGGGUGCCAACGAGAUUUUUGAUUACAAAUUCAUUGCUAGAAAGCCCCACACUAUUAUUUGUUCCAGACGAGGUAUAGAAGAAGAAUAUCAAAUCUUAAAUGUCUGCGAAUUCAAUUCAACUCGAAAGCGAAUGUCAGUUGUUGUGCGUGGCCCAGACGGCAAAAUCAAAUUGUAUUGUAAAGGUGCCGACACCGUUAUUUUGGAACGGCUUAAUCAGCAUCGCAAUUUAUACACUAAAUCAACACUUGAGCAUCUAGAGAAUUUUGCAUCGGAAGGACUCCGCACUUUAUGUUUUGCUAUGCGCGAUAUUCCAGAAGAAGAAUAUAAAAAAUGGUCAACUAUUUAUGAUAAAGCAUCAACAACUUUGAUUAACCGUGCUCAAGAAUUGGAUGAUGCCGCAGAAUUGAUAGAAAAGGACAUGUUUCUGUUAGGCGCGUCAGCUAUCGAAGAUAAGCUACAAGACGGAGUGCCUGAGACAAUUCAUACAUUGCAUGAGGCCAAUAUAAAAGUAUGGGUACUGACAGGCGACAGACAAGAAACAGCUAUUAAUAUCGGAUAUAGUUGCAAAUUAUUGACAGAAGAGAUGGAUUUGAUUAUUUGCGAUGAGCAGGAUCACUCAGCUACCAAAAUUUUUCUGGAAGAAAAAUUAGCACACAUUAUGACCGUGUCAAAGCAUUCUUCGCAUGAUUCAUUUGCUUUCGUUAUUGAAGGAAAGGCGCUAACGUAUGCUUUGGAGAAAGAUCUCGAAAGAACCUUUUUUGAAGUUGCUACACGUUGUAAAGCAGUUGUUUGUUGCCGUGUCUCUCCGUUACAAAAGGCAUUGGUAGUUAAGGUUGUAAAAAAGUUUUCGAAAUCUAUUCUUUUGGCUAUUGGCGAUGGUGCUAAUGAUGUAUCAAUGAUUCAAGCUGCUCACGUGGGUGUUGGUAUUAGCGGUGUCGAAGGUUUACAAGCGGCCCGAAGUGCAGAUUUUGCCAUUUCUCAAUUCCGAUUUUUAAAAAAAUUACUCUUGGUCCAUGGUUCUUGGGCUUAUCAGAGGUUGAGUAAAAUGAUAUUCUUUUACUUUUACAAAAAUGUAGCGAUGUACUUGACACAAUUUUGGUAUGCAAUUUUCAAUGGCUUCUCAGGACAAACACUAUAUGAAUCUUGGACGAUGUCCUGUUUUAAUGUGUUCUUCACCUUCUUACCACCCAUGGCUGUGGGUAUAUUUGACCAAUUUACAUCUGCACGGCUUUUGGAUAAGUACCCUCAAAUGUACAUGCUAGGUCAGUCGAAUGAAUUUUUCAAUCAAAAGAGGUUCUGGGGCUGGAUUAUCAAUGCUGUUUAUCAUUCUGCCAUGCUGUAUUUUAUUGGCAUGGCUGCUUUCAUCGAUGAUUCGGUUUUCCAGAAUGGAUAUUCAGGUGGACAAUGGUGGGUAGGAACUACCAUCUUUACGGCAACCUUGGCCACCAUUGUAUGGAAAGCAGCUUUAAUAUCAGAUAUUUGGACAAAAUAUACUUUUCUAGCCAUUCCAGGCUCAAUGGUUAUUUGGUUUAUUUUCCUUCCAUUAGUUGCUUAUGUUGGUCCUUUACUUCCUUGGGAAAUAUUUAUGGAAUACUACAAUAUUGUGCCACGUCUUUAUGGAAACAUUAACUUUUGGUUGUUUAUUAUUGCGGUACCUUUGGCUUGUAUUCUACGUGAUUACGUGUGGAAAUACGCUAAGCGAAUGUACAGACCUCAAAGUUAUCAUUACAUUCAGGAAAUUCAAAAGUUUAAUUUUCCAGAUUACAGACCUCGUAUGGACCGUUUCAGACGCGCUGUGAACAAAGUGCGUAAAAUUCAAAGGCUAAAACAAUCUCGUGGUUAUGCAUUUGCUCAGAAUGAAAACGAUCAAACAAGAAUAAUUCGUAUGUAUGAUACCACACAACAAAAACCGUCGGGCUAA